AUGAAGUUCCUCAAUCUUGCUCUGGCGGCCCUACCCAUGGCCUCUGCCGUCAAUGUCCGGGCUAACAGCACUCCUGUUUCCUCUAGCUUGACCACUCCAACCCCGGCUUCUUCAAGCAUCAACGUCUGCGAGGGCCCUCAUACUUUCAUCCCUCUCUCCUCGGGCCGCGCCACUCCAGUCUCAAGCAGCGUUCGCGCUUCGUCCACCAGCGCCGCUCCCGCCAACACCUUGAUUGGUGGAGGUAAUACCGAGCCUUACUGCCCACCCAAAGACGACAUCCCCAAUGGCUUCAUCCCCAUCGGAGGAAGCCCUACCUCCAAGCCUAGCACUCCUAGCGCAACUGGCACAGCUUCCACUUCUGCUGGUGCCAAUGGUGAUGGCAAGUCCUCGACCAAGGUUACUGGCACUGUCCCUACUCAGACCAGCGGCAAGCCUGCCAUUACCGACCUCCCUCUCUCGACGAGCACCUACACUGCUACUCAGACUUACACCAUCACCAAGUGCCCACCUGAGGUCACCAACUGCCCUGUCGGCUCCGUCACAACCGCUACCGUGACCCAGUACACGACUUACUGCCCGGCCAUCAGCACCCCUCUGACUUACACGGUCACCACCACCGUCGCCUGCAAGUCUUGCCAGGGCGGGCAGACGACCACGCCCGUCACUGUCACCAUCGUUCCAGCACCAUCCAGCUCCAAGCCUGGCUCAACCACCACCCUGGGCGGUAACUCUCCCGCUGCUCCCUCAUCGGUCCCCGGUGCCCUUUCGCCCAGCUCUGGAGCCAACCGCCCGGGUUCCAACGACACCUUCUCCUCUGCCCAGCCUUCAGCUAACGCCACCGCCACUGGAAACCGUCCUACCGCCUCCGGCCCUACCUCUGGCGCUGCUCCUAGGGGCGUCCAGGGUCUUUUGACAAUUGUUGCUGGUGCUCUGGUUGCUGCCCUCCUGUAA